AGAACCCAGCCCCCCACCUUCUUCUUUGAUCUGCUCCACUGUCUCCUUCCCGACCGGCGACGACCCAACAACAUCAGCAACUCAAGGCAGCACCGUUUUCCGGUGACCUCGGUUGAGGCAACUCCCAUCAGCUCCGGCGAUGCACAGGGACGGCAGUGGCAAACGACCUCCGACGGUGAUGAUGUCCCCCGGCCUCUUCCCUGUCUCCUCCGGUUUGGGUUGCAGCGGGGACCAGCACGCGGGAUGGCAAGUCCCUCCCUGUCUAGUGACAGCCUCUGUGCCGGCGACUACCUGUGUCCCGGCGACUGGUCCAUGGUGACGGAACUCCGGCGAUUCUCGUGGGCGGCAGCAGCAAAUAAGUCUGGUGAUACCCCUGUUCCGGAAACCAUGGACAGCAAAGGACAAGGCCAAGCAACAGUGGCGAUAGGUCCAGAUGGUGGUGGGGUGUUGGGGGCAAUCUGAACCCUAACGGGUAGCGCCAGUUAAGUCCGGCAAUGUCCGGCGAUGUUGGGACAGAUUUGAGCAUAAUGAACGGGCUAUCGUGGCGUAAGGGCAACGACUUGGAUAUGGAUAAUGAUGUGGAUCUGGGUAGCGAGGUGAAUCAACUUUGACGAUGAAAUUCGAGUGAUUUCCCUUUUGAAUCGAAUAAAUUGAGGUAAACAAAAAGAACAAUGUAAUCCUGGCGGCAGAUGGGGCGAGAUUGUGGGGAUGGAUCAUGUUUGAAAUGAUUUAUGAUAUGUCAAUAUUAAAUUCGCUUCCGCAAU